AUGAAUAGUGCAGCUGAUCCAGAUUUCUUUUUCGCCUUCCAGGACAACCAGUUCGGCUCAGACCAGACCCUAGACGAUGGCAGUUUCGCCGGCUUGUCCGAAGCACUGGCAGCUGCGAACGCUGUACCCUCUCAGUACGAUGAAAAUUGGAUGAAGGAUUCCUCGCUCUUUGACCUAUCGAACAAUUCUACCGCCUCUUCGUCGCCCUUUACCCCAAGCGCCUCAAUAUCCAGACCUAAACUCGGUAGUCGCUUCUCUAGAGAAGUCAUCCGUACACUCAAAGACUGGCUUUCUGUUCAUCAAAAACACCCUUACCCUAAUGAAAGUGAGAUGCUGGCUCUACAGGACCGGACAGGGUUGAACAAAGCCCAGCUUACGAACUGGUUCGCAAAUGCCCGUCGACGUGGCAAAGUGCAGAGCGUCCGCCCAAGUUCGCCGCAAGUAAAGAACUCGCCUACUUCUCCUAUCGACAUUAUACCAAGACCCGGGACCCCAGCGAUCAAGAUGGCCUCGAACCAUAAAGACCCUAUGCAGCGUUGGGUAGAAUCGCCCCCAGAACAUGAACCCGCAGCUGUUGGCGACAUCGCUCGGGCAAUGGCUUCCACUUCGCAUGAAGAUGCUGGAGACUUCGCAUACCAUCAACCAUGGCAAUCGCCGUAUGCCAUGUCCUCAACAAGCAGUGCAAGAACUUCCCAAUCGAGUGAAUUCUCAGGCCAUUGUUCAUCAGGAUCACAAACAUCGCUAAAAGUGCGCCGCGCACCACGCAAGAAAAGGGCCUCCCGACGCCGGCGCCUUGAGACGGAAAUUACCGCGCCCAUUAGCAUGCCAUAUCAAUGCACCUUCUGUACAGAAGUUUUCAAAACCAAAUACGAUUGGCAGCGUCACGAAAAGUCGCUUCAUUUACCACUUGAGCGAUGGAUUUGCGCACUCCAGGGCCCCCGCACUACGAAGGAGUCCCUAGGAAAGCAAUGCUGUGUCUUCUGCGGCGAGGUUCAGCCAGAUGACGCGCAUAUUGAAGCGCAUCACUACUCGGCAUGUCAAGAAAGAAGUUUACAGGAACGCACAUUUCAUCGUAAAGACCAUCUCGUCCAGCAUCUCCGCUUGGUGCAUGGCGUGGAGUUUUCGGAUUGGUCGAUGGCCCGCUGGAUGCUGCCUAUACCUAACGUCAGGUCAAGAUGCGGGUUUUGUGGUACCACCAUGAGUACAUGGUCGGAAAGGACCGAUCAUAUCGCCGAUCAUUUCAAAUCCGGCGUCACCAUGGCCAGCUGGCGAGGCGACUGGGGUUUUGAUGCGUCUGUAACACCAUUGGUCGAGACUGCUAUCCCUCCGGAUCUCAUCGAUUGGGAAAGAGGAACUCUCAUCCCCAUGAAGGGCAGCGAUCCAUCGUGGGGUACCCCACCAAACGCGUACGAAUUGCUCAAAGUCGAGACCGAGUUCUUCAUCCAGCGCUACUUCGACAAGCACGGUCAUCUACCAGACAACGACACCAUGCAGCUAGAAGCUUGUCGCAUCAUAUUCGCGGCGGAGACUACUUCCGUCAUACCAGAUCGUCUCCAUGAGGUUUCAUGGCUACGAGACCUGAUGAUGUCGUCUCCUGAGUUGACCGAACACGCAAGGUUCCAGCCCGUGAGAUCUUCCCGUGAGAGUAGGCACUUCCCGCUACGGAUAAAUGGCAAGGAUCAUCUAUUCGAACACUGCCCCUUGGAGGCGCAGCUCCGUGGUUUCGUUACUCAACGUACAGCGGCCGGCGAAAGUCUUGACGAUGCACAACUAUAUAACGAAGCAUGCCAGAUCAUCCGGCGCAUGGAACAAGAGUCUAGCACUCCAUCAGAUGUAUUCGCUAAUUGGAUCGUCAAAGGGAUCUACUCCGGCACAAAUUGGAUCUCACCGUUCAAGCAGCGCGCUGCUAUAUACGACACCAUCUCCACCAAUCUCCCAACCGACAGCGGCUCAGGCCACUUGCUAGACCUUUCUUGGCCAAACUCGCCUUAUGAGGAAGCGUCGAUCUCAGCUCUCGGAACAGCGAGUCCAUCCAAACACACCAGCGACUUUUUCGCUUCGCUUCCUACUUUCUCGGAAGAGCCCCCCAUCAUGCCUGAAUCUACUACGCAGGUGGACAUGUAUGGUCGAUUGCGAUCCUUGCUACCAGACGAUACCAACUUUUACCGGAUCUUCGGUAGCGACAUGAGAAGAUGGGCAGCAUCGACACUUUCUCCAAAGAACCCGAAUUGCCAUGUUCCAUCUGACGAAGAGAUACAGCAUCAAGCAAGAUGGAUCAUGUAUGACGGAGAUGACCCUUGGAAUCAAACGCCUGCGGAUUUUCCUAAUUGGUUGGAGAGAUUUAAGAGAGAGGUUGGUAUUGUAGAGCAUACUGAGGCGGUGGAUCCGAGUGAAUUGGUGAUGUAA